AUGUUUUGGCGCUUUGGGGGAUAUGCAAGUAUCUCCACUAUCGAUACCCUGCUCGACAAGCCGGACCUCAGCCUUGAGGAGCUUCUAGACGAGACCGAGUUGAUCCAGGAGCUGAAGCAGCACAACACAAAGCUUAUUGAAUAUCUACGAGAGGAUAAUGUCUUGAAACGACUCAUGGAAUAUGUGAUCGCACCGAGCCUGGUGCCUGACGACGACGACGAUGAUGAUGAUGACGACGACGAAAAAAAAGCUGCAGACGGUGAACAGGCAGCGGAGAAAGAGAACGGCGACAGUGCCGCUGCCAAGCAGGAGAAGAAGGCCGAUCCACUGAGGGAGAUUCUCGAUCCCGAAGAUCUAGACCGCAUCGAGAAGAAUCGGCUGAAAUAUGCCUACGUUGCGUGCGAGGUGCUGUCCUCGGAGGCAUGGUCGAUAUUGGACUCCAUCAUGCUCAACCAGGACGUGCUGCGGAACUUCUGGGGCUUUCUGCGGCGGCCCGCGCCCUUGGAUUCGCUCCAGGCCAGUUAUUUCACAAAAGUUAAUGAAACCCUCUUCGAUAAGAAGACUGAAGAUAUGUUGGAAUUCUUCAAGUCGCUAGAUGGCAUAAUCCCGGCCAUGCUCCAACACGUUGACAAUCCCAUGGUUAUGGAUCUUUUGCUCAAGAUCAUCAGUCUCGAGAAGUCGGAAGGUGGCCAAGGCAUCGUGGAUUGGUUGAAAUCACGCAACCUGAUGCCUCUCCUUCUUUCCUUUUUGUCCCCAGAAUAUCCUGGUUCCGUUCAAACCUCGGCAGGAGACUUCCUCAAGGCAAUCAUCACUAUCUCGGCAAAUGCCACACAGAAUGACCAGUCCUGCAUUGGCCCCAACAGCCUCACCCGUCAGCUAGUCUCCGAAGAAUGCGUCGAGCCGCUUAUCGCCGCCAUGCUCAAAGGCGGCAACCCGCUAACCGUGGGUGUCGGGAUCGUGAUCGAAGUCAUCCGCAAGAACAACUCCGACUACGAUCCGGAAUCUAUUGGCGGUCCGGACUCAGUCCCGUCCACCUACGACCCGAUCUACCUGGGCUCCCUGCUCCGAAUCUUCGCCAAGCAUAUCCCGGAUUUCAUGGCUCUGAUACGAAGCUCAAAAUACGCUGUCAACGAGGGUGGGAAAAUGAAGACCGUCGAGCGUGGUCAGUUGAACGCCGCCUGGGGCGUCAAGAUCGAGCCUCUCGGCUUCGACAGAUUCAAGACCUGCGAGCUCAUGGCUGAGCUGUUACACUGCAGUAACAUGGCUCUGCUCAACGAGCCGGGCAGUGACGAUUACGUUCGACAGCGCAAUGCAGAACGAGAGCGACUCCUGUACGAAGGAAUGCUCCAUGGUCAAAUGAGAGGAGACGUCAGCAGUCUGGGUUAUCAUGACAGCACAGCCGACUUCACGAACGGCUCCGCGCUAAGCUCGGGCUCUCGUGACGAUCUCAAAGUCCUGGAAGUGACCAACGCCAACGAGGAAGAAGGUUUCGAGGAUGUUACAUCAUCCGGGGUGCUUGUAGACCGAGAAAAGGACACGGAAGGAAGGGGUGUCGAGGAACAGAAGCCUGAAAUAUUAUUGACUUCUUCUUCUUCUUCUACCGCGCCCCCGAACUCCCAGGACGCAGAAAACGAAGACCAAUUUGUUGAUGAACCGCUAGAUGACGUCAAGCCUACUCAAGGAACCGAGCCUGGCGUUGAAUUAUUCCAAAAGCAGUCGUCCGAGCCCACAUCGCCCACUACAUCAGGCUUAACAGAUCAGUUUGGCAACAUUCAACUCGAAAGUGACGAGAAGGUCCUUACAGAUGAAUCUACAGAUAUUCCCCAAGCCGCACAAACACCUUCUACCGUGAACAAGCCGGAGCAAUCGGAUUCUCCUGCGGAGGUCGGCUCACCGUCUUCACAGACCGAACAGGUUCCAGAGUCACUACUGGCGGAGGAACCGCAAUCUGAGCCUGAACUGGACGGUACUGAACAAAAGUCGGAUGAAGAGACAGGACUUGACGCGCCGUCCAUGGCAUCGACUGAUAGGAUAGACUUGGAGGAUCCUGCAAGCCAAUUUAUUCAGGUGGACAUUGACGGGCAGGCCGUGGUUGGUGACUACCUAAAGGUCAUGUUCGUUGAGAACCAGGUGGUGCCAACUAUCUUAGAAUUCUUCUUCCGUUUCCCAUGGAACAACUUCUUGCACAAUGUCGUUUACGAUGUCAUCCAACAGGUUUUCAAUGGUCCCAUGGACCGUGGCUAUAACCGAAUGCUUGCGGUGGACGUCUUUGAGACCGGGAGAAUCAUUGAGCAGGUCAUCGAGGGACAGCGGCGCAGCGACGAGACGCAGAAAACCAAGCACAUGAGACUCGGAUACAUGGGUCAUCUGACUCUGAUUGCGGAGGAAGUGGUCAAGUUCACCGAACGGCAUCCGCCAGAGCUGCUCUCCCCCACCGUGUUGAACAACGUGUUGAAUCCAGAUUGGAUCGAGUACGUCGAGCGGACUCUUUCCGAAACGAGAGAGCGUGACAAUGCCAUCCUCGGUGGUGUCCGCCCCGACGUUUCCAUCGGCCAUCGUCAGGCAAUGCUGAAUUCCGGGGGCCAAAGCCUCGGCAACUCAUCAGCACUCGCCGAUGCCGGCCUAAACGGUGGCAUUGGUGCCAACUCAAACUUCCAGGGAUUCGAUACCAUCAAUCAGGGGAGUGUCUCUGGUGGCGCGUUCGGGCUGAGUGGAAAUAACAAUUCCCUGCUCAGCGGAUUUGGCAGCUCCAGUGACGACGAAGAUGAGGAGAUGGAUGAACAAGAGGAACGGAUCGCUACUGAACUGUCUGCCGAAGUCGAUCUCGAAAAUUCUUCAUCCAAUUCGAUCAGCCAACCCAUCCCUAUCCUCCCUCCGCCUCCUGCUCCCUUGAGCAUGGGUCCUUCUCGGGCACGGCGACAACUUGCUGCCCGACUCGCCCUUCAGAAGCAGCAAGCUACCGAUAAUUUUGAAGGAGAGGAUGACAGCAAUGGACAGACGGAUGAGCGGGAUAGCCACGAUUCAGCGUCGCCCAGCAACCCCUUUGUGAUUGCCGGGCUGGACGACGAUGCGAAUGGGGCCGAGUCACCCUCUACCGCUGCGUUCCCGUCUACCGAAUUUCUACCUGGAAACCGGGAGGAUCAUUUUUCACCCACGUUCCACGAGUCGGGCUUCAGUCCCCCGGACUCUCUAUCCACCAAUUCCUCUGAAGAGGGUGGUGAGGGGCGUGCGGGGAGCACGAGACGCAAGGUGCGCAUCCCCCUCGAGGUCGAUGAUGAUGACGAUGAUGACGACGACGAUGAGAUGGGCGAGAUGGUUGGGCCCAGCAUGUCCGUCGUCAGUGGCCUCAUGGAUUCCGACGAAGAAGACGAGGCCAUCAUCAACGAGUCACUCGGCUAUUCGAAUCUUUUCGGUGUGGGCCGGUACAAGGGAGGCGGCAUCUCGCAAUCCAUGGGCUCCCAGUUUAAUGAUGAGGACCAGAACGACAGCAGUGACGGCGAGGAUGAGGGUCUAGUCGAGAUUCUGGUUCCGGGAAGAAAAUCCUCGGCCUCUCACUAA